UGUGCAUUACGUGACUUCUAGUUGCAGGUCAGACCUGUCCCACGUACGCCACUGGCUGCACCGGCUGCCGGUGGACACCAUGGCGCGACCACCGUGGCGGCCACCGGUGGCCGUGGCGCUUCUGGCCGCCGUGGCCGCGGAGGUGUGCUGGCCAGAGCCUCUGGCGAACUUCUCUCAAGCUGGCUAUGGCUGGCCAGCCAGUCCCUGCCGCACGUUUGCUGGAGUAGGCCCUGGACACAGUGACGGGAAGUACAUCUACACUCCUACGGUCGGAGAUUUGGCAGUCUGGAACGAUCAGAAGUGCUCCAAGAAUGUUCCCGUGGCACACUUGCGGGUCGCACGCGUCUUCGAGGAACAGGUGGAGGGCCUCGCGCUCUUUCCGCCGAAGAUCCUGGUGGUGGCCUCCAGGACCUGGAACAUGCAGAACCGCAAUUUCUGGAGUCGUCUUCGGUUCUACGAUGCGGGCAAGAUCGGGAGCUCUGCGGACUCUCGGAAGGAGCACUUGUUCGUCCGGACCAUUGCCGGGACCAUCGCCUCGGUGCUGGUCAUGCAGGAAGACCUUCUGGUCACGGUCACCAAUACCUAUGUAGGCGGCCACUACAUCAGAUCCUUCCCGCGCGUCCUUCUCGCACACGAUGCACCCAGUGUUUCUGUCAGUGUGCCAGAUCCUUUGCGAAAGAUUUUGGCCUUUCGGGACUUCAUUGUGGCAGCUUCUGUCAAGGAGGUCUUCAUCCUGCCACAUUUCCAGACGUCUGGAGAGGUCCACGAGGCCAACUGGACGGUCCCCAGCAACGAAUCUGCCACCCAGACCAUCAUUGAUAUGUGCAUUUUUGGGGAGAAAUACCUCGCCGUCGCGGCCAAUGGCCUCUUGAGUUACCCCGUGGCCUUUGAUCAUGAGGGUCCCGAAGGAUUCGGCCACUUCUUCGUCUUCGACAUGUCAAAAGCCUUCGAGGUUGGCCUGGAAGGGUCAUUGGUUAUGACACACAGCACUUCCACCAUUUUGUGCGUGAGUCCCAUCACUGGCAUUGGAUUUGCCGUGGGCACCCAGGACAACCAGGUGCUGCUCUUUCAUCAUCCCGGCCGUUCAGCUGAGUCCGCGCCCUACAAGCGGCUGAAAGUCGUGAAGUCUGCGCCCACGAGGCUUCACUUCAUCCAUGGCGCUUUCUUGGCCGUUGGCAGCAACGACUUCUCGGUCGAAAUCUUUGAUUUGAAAACCUUGCUUCCGGGAAGGAAGAAGAUGCUGCCGAGCUUGGUGCUGCCGGUGGAGAGCCAAGUGGUGGACUUCUUGGAACUGCCCGGCUUGGCCUGGGCGGUCGCUGGACUCCACCAGGUGCAAUUCUUCGGUGCUCAAGCCACAGCGAACCGUGCGGGGAACGAGCUGGCCUCCUUCAACGAAGGAAGAGUAUCCAUGACGUUGCCAUUGUCGCAGUCUCGUGUGGCGCUGGGCUUGAGAGAGUCACCCGAAGUGUUGGUGCACUCCGUGCACAAAAGGGGUAUCAGGUUGGAGUUGGCCCUUCGCCUGCCGCACAACCAGUCCUUUGCAACCGUGGCGAUCGAGAUGGCUGGAAACCUCUUGGUGGUGGGGCAACACCCCCGCAAUGUCUCAUUGUAUAACCUCUCAGGCGCUAUCUCGGAAGCAUCCGAACUGGCCUCGGCCGUCACCAUGCCCACCGGCACGCCGGUCACCUCUCUGGCCUGCCGAGGGUCGACCUUGCUCGCGGGAUGUAUGCACGGAAUCACCGUGCUGGACGCCCAGCAGCAGAGGACCAUCUCCCAUCUUCGCUUGGCGGCCACCGUGUGGUCGAUCGUGGAUUUGGGGAACGGACUCUGGGCGGCCGGCAGCGACUCGGAGGAGGUGAUGAUCCUGUCCUUGACGGAGCGUUCCACGCUGACACAGCUCAAGAAGAUCCCAGUGACGGGCGGGCCACCCUAUGCAAUGCUUUUGCUGAGCCAAACUUUGUUGGUGGCCACUGAUCUCUUUCUGCACGUCUUCCAGGGAAUGGCCUUGGACACCACAAGCACUGAGGUGCAACCACGCGCAUCGCUGGCGGUGAACAUGGUCCACAGCCAUCCUCCCACGAUCACCAUCAGCCUCUUAGAGACGGGCCUCCUCUUGGGCUUGGACCUCUACAGGCCUAAGACUCCCACGGGACUCUGUGGCGCUGGCAGCUUCUCUCCGCCCGGCGACUUCGAGUGCCGCCCCUGCCCCGAUGGCUGGAGCUCCUUCGGUGCCGCAGGGUCAUGCAAUUAUCCCAUGCCGAAGACCUUGAUGAACGCCCUGAAGUUGUUGCUCUUGGGGAUGCUUCUGAUGCUGGUGGUGAUUCCGCAAACGCUGGCACUGAUCCUGAAAUUCUCCAAGGCCUCUUUGCGCACCCAUCUCGAUGAGAUGUUGCAGCCGUUCUUCGUGCCCUAUGCUAUGGUGCUUUUGCCUGCCCUUUGUGCCUGGGCUGCUGUGCGCUGGCGCUUGCGUGUCUUCCUUGCUGUUGUCCCGCUGCUCAGUGCUGCCCUGGGGCUGGCCCACGCGAGGGCUGGGCUGGCAACUGGCGCGCUGAUUUGCCUGGCAGCCUCCUCUUUGGCAGCUAUGCUAUGUUGCCUUUGGGUUCCGGUGUAUUGGGAUCCGAUGAUGAUGGCCAGUGUGCUGGUACCAAGCGCCAAUGCCUAUUUGACGAUGGACUUGAGGAGAUGGCUCCACAAUCCGUUUGUCACGACCGGCGAUGGGACCAAGGCCAACACGGCCGGUGCGCGGAUGAUCAUCAUGGCCGGUUCUGUGGUGUAUAGCUUCACAGCAGGACUUAUGGUCUUGACCUUGAUUCAGCAUCAGGGCCAUGGUGUUUGGACGCCCAUUGGACCCUGCGCCAGCAGGCAUGGCAAGCUGCCGGCUUGGGCCAUGACCGUCGCCUGCAGCCUGUCCAUGGUUGCAGUGGGCUUUGCCGCCAAAGCGUGCAAGGACGCCGAGGACAUCCAUCAGCCCACGCGCUGGGCGCGUGACGAAGAGGUUCGCCCAACACGUUUGCCGCGGCACCUGCGAUUUUACUGGAUACAGCGCCUGACUGUGGUUUGCAAGAGCUGGAGAUCCAGGCAUUUGAUCUUAAUGGCCAGUGCGCUCUAUGACUCCUACACCUUCUACAAGGGACUUCGAGCUUCCAAGGAAGCCUUGAGCUCACAAGCCUAUGACUUCUUUACGAUUUUGAUCUUCGCCAUGUUCACGGCCUCCAUCAAUGCGAUGGCCUUGCUGUUGGACUACUUCCGGGUGCGCUUGCCCGAGCUUGGAGAUCGGAACUUCCGCCUCAGUACUCUUUGCAAGUGUUUCCUGCUUUUUCUGAAACUCCGGGUGCUCAAAGUGCCUUUGACGGUCUAUGUGCAAAUGGACUCGACUUGGUUGAGUGAGAUCUCAACCUAUCCCAGAGUCCUGGGCGAAAGGAUUCCGAUUUGGAUGUGUGCCGAUCCGGGGCUGUGCCCGCUGAAAUGCCGCCAUGAUUUGGGAGGCACUUGCAGCUACACCAAUCAGCCCGCCUAUGGGGGCUGCUUUUGCGAGUAUUUCUCGACCGGCAUCCCAGUGCUGUCUGACCGUUUCAUGGUCUUUGGGAACUGCUUCAUCUCCGCCUGUGCCAUCGCCCUGUUGACCAACUCGCGCAUGAGGACUCGGGGCGUGUUUCGGUACCCCGAGUUGUCCCUCUUCGCGCUGGGGUGCUCCACCUUUCUUCCCACCGCAUUCAUCGCGUUGAAUACGAUCUACCUCUCAGUGCCAAGUCUGGCAGCACGACAUUUGCGAUUCCCCAACGACUUCCUGGUGCUGACGAUCCCGGCGCUGAUCUUCAUCUUGAUGGCCAACGAGAUGGCCAGGCGUUUGGAGACCGCGUGGAAGCUGCGGCACCUGGCGCCAUAUGAGCGGGUGACGCUCAGCUGGUGCGAGAGCGCCUGGCAGGUGGUGAAUUGCCAUGGCUUGGAUCACCUCAACGGCGCUCGCGUGGAAGCCGUGGACGACCAGAACCGUUCCCUGCUCGAGCGCCCCGACGCGCCGCAGGGCGCGCGGGGCGCGCGGGGCUCGGAAAUUACGGUACAAGGCCCUGCGGUGUUGCUGAGCAAAGAUCCGCCCAGGUAUGGUUCCUUAUGGGUCUCCAGUGGCUUUCGCUCCCUGACACCGCUGGCACAUUGGACCACCGUCAUCGCCAUCCUCAAGGUGUGGGACCGGCUCCACAUGCCUGUGAUCUUGUGCGAUGUCCUCCUGCUUUUGGUCCUCUCUGUGGCUGCGAGCAUCCUGAAUUUCACCCUACUGGACGAGGAGAUGGACGAGACAGCCCAAGCGCGGCGCUGGAGCAAGAUCCGCCGGCCCCAGCAGCUCCCGCGCGUCGCCAGCGACGAGCUGAGCCUCCCCAGCGAGGCGCAAUUUUGCGAGGCCUCGCCUCCAAGGGCGGCGGCAGCGGUGACCGGGCCGGGCUCCUUUGUCGAACUUCAAGCAACCUGAUGCCGAUGCCCAUCCUGAAUGUCAGACCUCCGCCCUCGGGCCUCUCUCCAAGACCUUGGUCGCUCUAUGAUUCCAGAUCACGGCCCGUUCUUGCGACGGGCUUGUCGCUGGACGCGGUGCAUGUUGGACGACGCGGCCCAUCGCGGUGCAUCCUCCCAGUUCGGCCAGAUGUGACUCCCGUGGUGGGAGAGUUCGCUCCACGUGUCUCGGACUGCGAGCUGAAGAUGCCGAGCUGCCCGCUGUGAGUGAGGAUCGUCUCCGAAGACUGGUGGUUUCAGAGACUAUGUUCAACC